UCUAGCGAUUGAGUUGGCAAAAACAUGUAACUUUGAUGAUAUUAUGCUCAUUAAAAUUAAGUUGGGCAAUCAUGGCUGAAGAGACAAUAAUUCUCAUUUUAUUAGUGUUGGUUAUGCUUGUGGGGUCUUAUUUGGCAGGGAGCAUACCGAUGUUGAUGAAAUUAAGCGAGGAAAAGCUAAAAUGUGUCACUGUGCUGGGAGCUGGAUUGUUAGUGGGAACUGCUCUCGUUGUUAUUAUUCCGGAGGGCAUUCGAUCAUUGUAUGUGGGGUUUGGCCAAUCCCAAAAACGGACAUCGGUUCCGGAGCAACCAGAUUACUCACAGACCAUUGGACUUUCUCUUGUGCUUGGAUUUGUUUUCAUGAUGUUGGUGGAUAUCUCUCAGCGGAAGACUAAUGUUGGAAGUAAUAAAAAAAACAAUGCCACACUAACUCUUGGAUUGGUUGUGCAUGCUGCAGCUGAUGGAGUUGCAUUGGGAGCAGCUGCCACCACUAGCCAUCAAGAUGUUGAGAUAAUUGUAUUUUUAGCUAUAAUGCUUCAUAAGGCACCAGCAGCAUUCGGAUUAGUCACAUUCCUACUGCACGAAAAAGUAGACAGACAUCAAAUUCGCAGACACCUAGUCUUAUUUUCCCUGUCGGCUCCCCUUAUGACUAUUUUAACGUAUUUUGGAAUCGGACAGGAGCAGAAGGACACGUUAAAUUCCGUAAAUGCCACUGGUAUAGCUAUGCUAUUCUCCGCUGGAACAUUUUUGUACGUAGCAACUGUUCAUGUUUUACCAGAGCUUACCCAAGGGGGAUUAACGAAGAGCGAUCAGCAUGAUUAUUGUUUGCUAGAGGAAUCUCGAGGUGUUGCUACGAAUGAUUUGAAUGGAAGUAAUAGUAUACAAGCAUUAAAAUAUAGUGAAUUGGUAAUUCUGAUUUGCGGCGCACUGCUUCCCCUAAUUAUAACAUUUGGACAUAAUCACCAGUAAUGCACACACACAUUUUUCUUAAAUAAGAUGAAUUAAAAGUUAAGGGAUAUUAUGCAAUAUACAUACA